AAAAAAAAAAAACACUUCUUCACCGGCGAAUUGGCGACGCCCUCCGUUGCAACCGCACUAUCCCCGCAGAGACGCCGAUGGGACGGCCGGUGCGCUCGCGAUAUCCAGCUGACGCACCGCCACCGGUCACCGACCGCCGCACCACCAAGAUCUCUUUCCGCUCCCGUAAAAUCGUCAAGACAGCACCUGCUAAACCUCUCACCACGACCGCCGUGACACCGCCGGCGCCGGCGCCUCCAGCACUUCCCGCGCUUUCCUCCCCUGGUGAACUCGCAGCCGCGCUGCGCCACCUCCACGCGGCUGACCCGCUCCUAUCCGCUGUCAUCGCCUCCACCGAGGCCCCCACCUUCACUGCCUCCCCCUCACUCGCCGCAUUCCACUCCCUCGCGCGCUCCAUCCUCUACCAGCAGCUCACAACUUCCGCCGCCGCCUCCAUCUACGCUCGCUUCCUCUCUCUCAUCCCAUCCACCGCAGCCGCUGCCGCCGCCUCGGACGCGGUCACCCCGACCGCUGUUCUCGCGCUUGCCGCCACUGACCUCCGCGCUAUUGGCGUCUCCGCCCGCAAGGCCUCGUACCUCCGCGACCUCGCCACCAGAUUCGCCGCUGGGGAGCUCUCUGAAUCGGCAAUCGGCGCGAUGGACGAGGCCGCGCUCCUCGCCGAGCUCACCAGGGUGAAGGGCAUCGGCGAGUGGACAGUUCACAUGUUCAUGAUCUUCUCGCUGCACCGCCCCGACGUGCUGCCGUGCGGCGACCUCGGCGUGCGCAAGGGCGUGCAGGAGCUGUACAAGCUGAAGGCGCUGCCCAAGCCGGAGGAGAUGGCUGCAUUAUGCGAGCGGUGGAGGCCGUACAGGUCGGUCGGCGCGUGGUACAUGUGGCGCCUCAUGGAGGGUAAGGGCGCCGCGGCCAAGAAGAAGGGCAAUGUGAACUCGUAGCUAGGUAUGUACUAUCUUGAUGUGAUGGUGGUAUGUAUUUGUUGUCCCAAAGCUGUUAAAUUUAGAUGAAUUUGUGGUAGAUGGUUUCCCAGAUUAGUGAAAUUUUGUGACGUGUGUAUGCUCACACUAUCAGAGUCAAAUGCUACUAUGCUUGUAAGAUUGUACUUGUAUUAGAUAUAAGCAUUGUCGUGGAGCAUAAUUUAAGGGCUUACUGUA